CUUUGAAAUACUCAUUUCAAAUACUACUGCUAUUUAAUGCAUUUAUUUAGAUCAAUAGCAUGUAUUUGCUGGUUGCAAUCUUCUAUCUAUUAUUUCAGCAGGCAAAGCUAUCAAUAAAUCAACUAAACAAAGAAUUGCCUCUAACCUAAGCAUUUAUACUUUUAUUAUAAAAGCUCUUUUAUUUUAUUUUUUUUUCUCAUAUUAUCCAACUUAUCGUUUAUAUCCUAGUCUUUUUUUUUUGGGUUUGUUUCAAACAGUCACUUGUUUAUGACUCAAGAAGUAUCAUUAUUUUCAUUUGAAGCUAGUUAAAGCCCGACAUUUUCGAAAGAAAUUUUCUUUUUAAAUCGGUAUAACAUACACACAUUAUUUAUUUCUGAUCUUUCACUCUCUUUCUUCUAUUUUUUUUUUAUAUUAUAUAGCUAUUCUUACAUUUUUUAUAUAACACUAUGACAGCCUUUACUGCCCUUAAUGAGCUUGAUGAUAAACGUAUUGUCCAUAUUCGACCUUUGAUUCCACCUCAAAUCCUUAUGGAAGAUCUUCCCUUAAGUUUAAAAGCCGCCCAAACCAUUUUAGAUGGUAGACAAGGCUCUGAAGAUAUUAUUUGUGGUAAAGACGAUCGUUUAUUAGUUGUCGUUGGCCCUUGUUCAAUUCAUGAUGUGAAUGCUGGUUUGGAAUAUGGUAAACGUUUAAUCGAUUAUGCUGCCACUGCAAAGGACGAUUUACAUAUUAUUAUGCGUGUUUAUUUCGAAAAACCUAGAACGACGGUAGGAUGGAAAGGUCUAAUUAAUGAUCCUAACUUGAAUAAUACUUAUGAGAUCAACAAGGGUCUUCGUAUUGCCCGUAAAUUAUUAUUAGAUUUGAAUGAAAUGGGUAUUCCUGCUGCAUGUGAAUUCUUAGAUACUAUCUCUCCUCAAUAUACAGGUGAUCUUGUCUCUUGGGGAGCUAUCGGUGCACGUACAACUGAAUCUCAAGUUCAUAGAGAAUUAGCGUCUGGACUUUCAUGUCCUGUGGGAUUUAAGAAUGGUACAGAUGGUGGUAUUACAGUUGCCAUGGAUGCUAUUAAGGCUGCUAGUCAUGGUCAUCAUUUCUUAUCUGUUACUAAACAGGGUCUUUCAGCGAUUGUUGAAACCGCUGGUAAUAAUGCAUGCCAUGUUAUCCUUCGAGGCGGUAAAUCAGGUCCUAAUUAUAGCGCAGAAGAUGUAAAGGCAGCUACUGCUGAACUUGCUAAACAUAAAUUGCCUCCUAUCGUCAUGAUCGAUUGUAGUCAUGGUAAUUCUUCAAAGGAUCAUAACCGUCAACCGAUUGUAGCAGAUGAUAUCGCUCAUCAAUUAGCAAAUGCCUAUGAGACUGGUAAUAACAUUAUUGGCGUCAUGAUUGAAUCUAAUCUUAAAGAAGGUCGUCAAGAUAUCCCUCCAGAGGGGCCUCAUCGUUUAAAUUAUGGUCAAUCCAUUACUGAUGCUUGUAUCAAUUGGGAGGACACAGUAAAAUGUUUAGAUCGUUUAAGAGAGGGCGUUCGUGCUAGACGUGCUGCUCGUCAACAAUAAUUACUUUAUUAGAAUAUUAAUUUGUAUAGUUCUUCCCUCCCAAAAAAAAAAAAA